GUGUGUAGAGAAAGGGUAGUGAUAAAAUUAGCAACUUGUUUGAAGUUGAGUGGGUGAAAAGAGAGUAGCCGGUUAAUUAAGCGAUGUCGUUUUGAAUCUAGAGGGCAGGCGGCGAGAAUGGGGAGGAGGCCGUGCUGUGAGAAAGUUGGCCUGAAAAAAGGGCGGUGGACGACGGAGGAAGAUGAUCGGUUGAAAAAGUACAUUCUUGCAAAUGGUGAAGGCUCCUGGAGAUCCCUCCCCAAAAAUGCAGGACUUCUCCGAUGUGGGAAGAGUUGUCGACUAAGAUGGAUCAAUUAUUUACGGUCCGAUUUGAAGCGAGGGAACAUCACAUCUCAAGAAGAAGAUGUCAUUAUUAAGCUACAUGCUUCCCUUGGAAACAGAUGGUCUUUGAUUGCGAGCCAUUUGCCUGGAAGAACAGACAACGAGAUUAAAAAUUAUUGGAAUUCACAUUUAAGUCGUCAAAUUAAAACAUUUCGUGGACGGAACGAUGAUGUCCCGGUAAUUGUGGAUGAAGCUAAACUCAGCCUCCUGCAACGGAGGAAGGGCGGCCGUGGGAGGCGGAGCAAGGCGGAGGUGGAGGCAGAGGUAGCGAGGGAGAUUCUUCCGAUGCCGGAUCUGGAGAGAGAAAGUUCCGUUUGUGGGGGUGUGGAUGACAUCACGGAGGAGAGGGAAAGUCGAAACGAGGAAACUGUUGACGACGCGGGAGAAGGACGACAUGACGUUGGUGGUGGUUCUGUGUCGUUGGAUUUUAAUGAUGAUGUUUUGGAGGAGGACGACAUGUCGUUGGACUUGAGUGAAUUGAUAACUAACGUGGAGGUGGAAUGGAACGACGAUACAGCUGGCACGUGUGAAAGCAAUACCGCCACUGUUGCUGUCGUUGACGCCGGUACGGCGGAGAUGGAGCUUGGCGGUGAGUGUAGUUCGGUUAGUUCUUCGUUCAGUCUCGACAGUCCAUGGAACUGGGAAAGCUUCGCCGGCGGCCAUGAAUGGGACGCCGUCGAGUUUGACGCCGGAGACGCUGCCGAACCCGACGCCGUGAUUUCUUGGCUUUUGUCUUAAUU